CGGAACCAGCUUCAACAUGAACUCAUGCUCCAGCGCAAUGCCUUGAAUUACUUGUGACCAGACUUGGCGGGCUUUUCUUCUUGACAUACGGAAAACUCUCUCAAGACACGCAUUCAAACUCGACAUGGCCUCCGUGACAAUGCGUGCUUCGGCACGCACAGGUCGCUUGGCUAUGGUUCCAUUACUCCGACCGGGACUGAAAACAUCCACGUGUGUUUUUGGUCUCUCUGGAUCUCUCGCCAGGAUCAAUACACGUGGCCUGAAGACCUCCAGACCCAGGUACUCAGUAGCACAGCCAAUAUCAUAUGAGGCCCCUUUGAUAUCUGGUCAUGGUCUGGGCCGACCCCAAGAACAAGGAUCGAUCUCGGAAAACACCCAACCGGUGGCCAAUGAUUCCAAUGGAACAUUCCCCAGCUUGACCUGGUCUGGGAAAUACAUCUACCAGAACUCAAAAGAUGGGCUGCGGACCAUAGGAGCCGGCAAUGUCCGCGAUUCAUGUUGCUGUCCCCUCUGCCGCAAUCCGAGCUCCGGCCAAAAGACCUUCUCGACACCCGACGUCCCAAUGUCUCCCAGGAUCCUCAAUGUGGAAGCCAAUGCGGAGGGUGGGUUGAAGGUCUCCCUCGAUCAGGACCUCGUAUCAAGUCAGCAUGGCCAAGGCCACGAUGUCCUUCUCAACGGCGAGUACCUUGCACAGCAAAACAUACUGCAGUCAGAAGCGCACUCCUCUCCUCCUCCUUUGCAGCCGGUAUACUGGGACAGGAAGUUUAUCGAGAAGAACGCUCGCUUCAUCGACUAUGAUGAGUUUAUGCAAGAAGACAGCGCAGCCUUCUGGGACGUGAUGGAGGACCUCGAAGUGCUGGGUCUAGUCUACCUCCGCAACGUGCCGCGUGACGACCAGUCCGUUGUUCGGAUAGGAGAACACAUUGGAAACCUCCGAGAGACGUUCUACGGCAGGACAUUUGACGUCCGCGCAAAGCCGAAUGCGGAGAAUGUGGCCUACACCAACGAGUAUCUCGGGCUCCAUCAGGAUCUGCUCUAUCUUGAUGAGCAGCCUCACAUCCAGAUCUUGCAUUGUAUGGACAAUACGGCACAGGGCGGCGAGUCCCUAUUCAGCGAUGCGGAUCGCAUAGGACGCAUGCUCUACGCAUUGCAGUCCGAGUUUCCCCCACUGGCCGACCUGGUCGAUUACAAGGUACGCUAUGCGUACGACCGGAACGGAUACUACUACGAGAACACGCGGCCGCUGCUGGAAGAGCAGAAUGUCGGCGAGUUCCGGACCGUGCGAUGGAGUCCGCCAUUCCAGGGCCACCAGCCAAGCGGCUGGAACAUGUCGGACUGGCUCGCGAGCGCGCGCGUCUUUGAGCGAUCCGUGAACGCCGAGGACGCCGUGUACGAGCGAAAGAUGGCGCCUGGGGAGUGUGUUCUCUUCAACAAUCUACGUGUCCUUCAUGGUCGUAAAAGCUUCGACUUGGGGGAUGGAGGCAAGCGUUGGCUUCGCGGUACGUACCUAGGCAGGGACGUCUUUGCCAGCCGGCUACAUUACAUGCCCAAGGACCGCCUGAGGCGUGCAGAGAGGAGCGUAGCGCGGACUGUGCAUGACCUGCUCAACGAUCUGGAGGGCUCUCCUGAUUUUGAAGGUCUACGGAGGGAGCUCAGGGACGAUCCUCACAUUGGCAUGUCCAGAUCUUCGGGUUGAGGACCACGAAGGGGGCUACCAUAGCACAGUAAAGUCAACAGUCUCAUUGACUAUGAAUCAGACA